AAUAAUGUAUGAUUCAAUUAUGCAAACAAAAAUUUUUGAAGAAAUCACUAGAAAACCUAUUGCUUUUGGACACAAAUUUGUCCGAGAUAAUAAUUCUAGUGAUUUAACAACUGUAAUUUAUGAAGGGGACGAUAUGUUUCCUGUAAAAACUGUAAUUGCCUCUGACGAAUAUGAUGUUUUAAAUGGAGGUCAAUUUUAA